CGGGUUAUUUGGAUGAUUAUUUUGUAUGAACUUCUCCACCGAGCAUUCGCGAUCUUGUGACAUUGUACAACUAUGGAAGACGAAACUAAUCGCUGGGAACAAACAAAGAAAGCAUUGGGCGUUUUAGAGAGCACACUUGAAUGCCCUUUAUGCCAUAGUAUUUUAAAAGAUCCGUCGACUCUUGGGAACUGUGAUCAUUCAUUCUGCAGAUCCUGUGUUGGCAGCCAUCUUGGCAAUAGUUGCCCUGUGUGCAGCGCCCCCGCAUGGGUUAAAGACUUGCAGACAAACAGACAACUUACAAAUGUUGUACACCUUUGUAUGAAACUACAGAAGAUUGUGAAAGGAAAUUAUAUCAAAAAAAAAGAAGAGAGAUCUGAUGAAGAUCAUGUUUCCGUGGAAACUUGUGAUGAUGCAGAUCUGAAUGAACACAUUGAAAACGAGAACACAUCUGAUAAAACUGUAAGAAACACUUCAAAUAAUGACUUGAAAGAUAACACUGAAAGUGAUUCUGAUGUUCACGAUGACAGUUGCCAUAGUGAUGAUACAGAGGAUGAGUUAGAAGAGGAAUAUUCUCCAGAUAAUGAUGAUAAAGAUGAUGAAGAUUUUGAACCUGCAUCAAACAGGAGGAGAAAACGGAACGUUGCUAAGAAACUAGAUAUAAAGGAAAAGAACUCACUGGUUCUGAGCCAAAAGAGCAAAACAAUGAUUGAGACCAAGUUUUCUUCUAAACACAGUAUUAUGAGAUAUACGGUUAAUCUGAGAGCAAGAGAAAGUAAGGUACCUGAAGUACAAAAUGUGAAAAACAAUCUACCGAGAAAAAAAGUUGUUGAUGCAAACAAUAGUGAUGUAUUUGACUUCAUAGCAUCUCCAACUAAACCUAAGCCUCUAGUUGGUCGAAUAGCCAGAGCAGUUAAAAAGCAAACUAUAGAAUCCUAUAAUAAACAAUGGAGUCUAAGAAACAGAAAUUGUACAAGGCGUACUGCUGAUAAAGAUGGUGACGCUGGUGAAAAUGAAAAAAGAGUAUCCUUCAGGGAAGUGGAUGAAAGUGUAUCCAGGCAACAAGAUGAUAAGUAUGAUGGCAGUCUUCAGGUUGAAAAAGAGAAUACAGAGAAUAAGGAAGAAUUAGGUGCAUCUGAUCAAUCAGUGAGAAGGAACGUCUCUGGUGAAAACAUCAAUAAGCAGCAUAUACUUAGAAAGAGGUUGAGUGAAGAAAAUGCUGAUGAUAUAACCGCAGAGAAGUUAUUAAAACCAGGUGUAGAGAUCACAGGUCAUUCAAAAAGACCCCAAAGGAAAGGGAGAAGAAGCCACGAGAAUACCCCUGCAACUGGAACACGUAAAUCAGUAUCUCCAAAAUCUAGUUUAUCAUCACCAGUUGGUAGGGAUAUUAACACUCCUGUGAGAAGAACACGUAGAUCAACUUCCCCUGGUUCCAGUCUGUCUUCACCACCAGGUAUAUGCAGUAAAUCCCCUGGUAAUAAAAUAAAGAGAAAUGCUAAGGGGGAAACAGCUUUACAUAUUGCCUCAAUUAAGGGUGACGCGAAAACAGUGAAAGAAUUAUUGGAAUCUGGUUUUGAGCCUAAUCUUAAAGACAAUGCUGGUUGGACACCUUUGCAUGAAGCUUGUAACCAUGGUUACAUAGAGAUUGUGACUUCGCUCCUGGAUCAUGGGGCCUUCAUCAACACUCCAGGUUAUGAGAAUGAUUCGCCAUUACACGACGCUUUGUACAACAGACAGCUCGAUAUUGUCAAGUUAUUGGUUCAGCGGGGAGCAUCUUUGGAUGUCAGAAAUAUUCAUGGAUUGACACCCUGGGACGUUGCCAAAAAUGAUGAUUUGAGAAAAGCACUGAACACUGUGCCUGUGUCUAUCACACCACAGAUGUCCUCGCCAAAGUUUGAAACCAUGUGUCGAUCUAAAAUGGUAGAUAUUGUCAUAGUUGGUACUGGUCUAAAGAGAGAGCAGAAAGCAAAGUUGGAUCACUGUGCUAAAUUACUGAAGGGCAAGGUGUUGGAUGAGUUUGAUGACUCAGUCAGUCACGUUGUAACUAGUUGUAAUGAAGAUGGGCAGUGUCCCAGAACUAUGAAAUAUUUACAGGCAAUCCUUCAUGGAAAAUGGAUUGUUAGUUUUGAUUGGGUUACAACCUGUCUAAAGAAGCAACAACUGGUGGAAGAACAGUACUUUGAAGUGACCGGCACCGUAACUCAUCCUUUUAGUCUCGGACCACGUAAAGCAAGAUUGAACCAUGAACAACAGUAUCCUGGACUUUUCAACGGCUGUCAUUUCUACUUCCAUGGCAAAUUUAAUUCACCUACGCCAGUGAAAGAAGACUUGAACCAGUUAGUAAAGUCUGGAGAUGGUAAAAUAUUACUACGUGAACCAAAGAUGGAUGACUGUAACAGCAGCCAGGAAGUACCGUACCAUGCUACACCAAACUCUGAUCUAUCGGAGUGCACACACUAUAUUAUACAUGAUCAUGAUGUGCAAAAGCCACCAAGCAAAAUACGGUCAAAAAAGUUACGAUCAGCAUCAGUAAAGUGGCUGAUGGAUUCUAUCUCUCAGUUUACAUUGCUGGAUAUCACAGACUAG